AUGUGGAUGCAUGGUGGGUUGGUAAAGCGCAGAAAGCCACGAAUCGUUACGAGUUACUCGCUGCCUCCACCUCACCAAUCAGACAGCCACAUGCUCAACCAACUCUUCCUGCCUCGAAUUCCCUACCGCGCGUCUGUGACCAGUGAACAAGCAAAAACGCCCCCAUCAGAGGGCUACACUCAACAACACGAAGCAUACACGCAGCCGAUCACGCUGUGCGAGGAAACCCACAUAUCACCUCCAAAGAAUGAUGAGCAUUUAAAAUGGGAGACACUGGUGGAUGUAUGGAUUGUGCCACUCCAUCCCAACCAUUCCUCAAUCUCCAAAGCAGUGCAGCUCGCUGUGAUACCUGUCAAUUUCAUCACAAACCCUUCGAACGACGGUCGUUCAGUUUACGCCAUCCACGUGGCUGAAAAAAGCCCAUCAACACCAAAGAUGGGGGAGGAAGAGGAGACGGGGAUACGAAUCGAACCCCGUGACAGAAAAGUCAACGUUCUGCAAACCGAAGAGCGGUUACGUGUCUACACCCCUCUGAACUCUGUACUAGCUUCCCCUAUUCACUUCCCCGAAGAAAUAUGUCGAAAUCAAACUAACCUGGUGGCUUGCCAAAGAAUACCCCUUAUUCUCCGCGCUCUUCCCCAUGAUUUAUUUGUGGCCGUAGUCGGAGCCGGCAUCACCCACGACACCGACAUUGACCAAUGCUGUGAUACAUUGGCUCAACUUGUCAUCGCUCGUGAGGAGCAAACCCUUGCCGGGGACUUCAUUCUGCGUUUCCAAAGAGCUGACGAGGACGACAAAGAGUACGCUAAGAAGCUUCAACUUCUGGCAGAACGCACUUUCCGUGGCUGUCCCCCAAACAAGGUCGCCAAUUGGGUAACGGUUCAGUUUAAACACGGAGUCCAAUCUCCCGCUUUGAUUAAAAAUGAAAAUAGCGUUCGCUUCCGUUUAGAGAAUGAUAGACUGGAUUCAUAA